ACCAAUACUUGCCCCGCUUUAAAGCCUAGUAAAGCCAAGCGGAGAUACGUGCGUAGGGCGCCCAAGAAGGUAGGAACUUCUGCCAAGAGACAGAUUAAAACGGCGUGGAUGGACUCGGAAACGACAGCAAUGGGGAAGCCCCCAGCCAAGGCCGGCCGUGCGCCCAAGACAGCAGAGGAAGGAGACAAGGACAGUAAGAGCGGGGACUGGCGGAUGGAGGGGGAUGAGGUCAAGUUCUUCCCCUUUCGAGAGUACAACCGGAAGGACAAGUCACUCGGUCUGCUGUGUGAGAACUUCUUGAAACUGUACCGGGAUGACAAGAUUUCGGAAAUCUGUCUGGACCGAGCAGCUACAGAACUUGGGGUGGAGCGGAGGCGGAUCUACGAUAUCGUAAAUAUCCUCGAGAGCAUUCACCUUGUGAGUCGCAAGAGCAAGAAUCUUUACAACUGGCAUGGUUUAGCCUCCCUCCCGACGUCCAUUAGUGCGAUGAAGCAACGAUACGCAGAAAUGCAAAAGUCGUCCCCGACUGGUCAAAGCGGCACGGAAUACCCGCCCAUCAAAAGCGAUCGUCGAAGAGGCAAGUCAUUGUCCAAAUUGAGUCAAAUGUUCGUCCAGCUCUUCCUUGGAAAGGAGGACUGCAUUAUCCCGCUGGACCAAGCUGCCAAACAACUUAUACAAAUGGAAGAUAGCGAAAGCGAGGAAGACCGUCUACUGAAGACCAAAAUUCGUCGAUUAUACGAUGUGGCCAAUGUCUUGGUAAGCGUCGGAUUGAUCGAGAAGCUGCAGCUUUCCAACUCCCGAAAGCCCGUAUUUCGGUGGAAAACGCGCAACGCAGAAGCGACUCCAAGCACCAACCAGGCAACAACUGCGAUCACAGCUGACGAAAGCGAGAGCAAACCGGCUCAGACUCUUUCCGACAAUAUAGUCGAUCUAAAGUCAGAAUCGAUGUCUCCUAGCGUCGAUAUGGAGGAUACGGACGCCAUUAAGUCCUCUCAGUCGUGCGAUAGCGAUAUGUUUGACGACGGUAGCGAUUCCCAGUCCGACACAAGUACGAGUGGCUCGAAACGGAAGCAAACAGAGCAAGACGGGAGCGACGUGAGUAUGUCGGAUAGCGAAUCCUCUUCCAAGCGUAGUCGGCAUAGCGAACGCAAGGCAAGCAUCGACAAGCCUCGAGCAGCAGGCUUGCUUCGCAUGGACGCCAACAAUGAGCCCAUCCAUCCGCAGACUAUUCUGUGUGAGCAGCAAGAGCAAGUCAAGCUCUAUAUGCAGCAAUACAUCCAAGAGUACCUCGAGUACUUGGCAACGCACCAGCAGCUUCCCGAUGCAGCCACUGUGACAAGUAGUGCUGAAGUCUCCACGUCCAAGCCCGAUGCCCACGGAACUCCAGUGAGUCUUCCGUCACUGGCUGGGAGUAUCCAAGAUCUGCUCCUGUCCGAGAGUCCGCAAUCGGUGGCCGACAUCAUGGCAGCUCGAGUCAUGAACCAUCCACUUCCAGCAACUGCAACGUCACCAGUUGCGCCUGAGCCGGAGGUUGAGGCGAACCCACGGCCACUGAUUCUCAGCGUCGGCAAGAAACACGGAUCAGCUGCCAAACGACCGUCAACGUCAACCCAGCCGGCCACAACUCCAAAAGGCGAGGAUCGGUAUGACGCACCGCGGAAUCUGAUCUUGGCUCUCCAGCCACGCUCGCAGUCGUAGGAAUAUUUAAGGCGAGAUCUUGACACGGUCGAGACGCUGAUAGUGACGAGCUGGUGAUAAAGUGUAUUGUGAAUGUAUCUCAACUUGAGUGUAUAUCCAUGGACACAUGUCCAUCCAUCAAUCUAAACGCU